AUGGUCUUGCUCGACAAAUACCCGGACGACGCCGACAACGAUGUUGACUUACCUCCCUCUUAUGACACGAUUGCCUCUUUGUCUACUGUCAUAGAUGAGAAACCUCGUCAUUCGCCGCCUACAGCGUCUACCCGCCCUACAGCUUCUUCAUCAUCCUCAACGACCAGUUCAUGGUUCUCCCUACUUCCCAACGCUCGCACCAAACAAACCCGCCAAACAGUCAUCUCCCUCAUCCGCGAUCUCGUUGCUACCACCACCUCUGAUUACUCUGCUGCUACGCCUAUCCUAGCUUCAUGCGCAUCUGCCCUAACUCCAUCUUCCUUCUCCACCCUCCUCCAACAACCCACCUUUGAGGGACACACACCCAUCUACUGGGCCAUUCUCAACCGUCACACUCACAUCCUCCCUGACAUGCUCCAAUACGCAGGUCCACUUAACAAUUCGUGCGUUGCAGAUGUCCGUCUUGCAUGUCUCGCGAGUGGCGAUCAGGUUUUAUUCGGAAAACUACGCAGGGGAGAGCUGCCUUUUAUGACUACUCUUAGAGCAGAUGCCCUUGUUCUAGGCUGCACAUCCGCGGAUGACAUCGACGUCCAUGAGGUCGAUGGUGAAGCAGCUUUCAGCGCAUCUAUCAAAAUAAGGCUCUGGCAAAAACGAAUGCGCGUGGCUGGUUUGGUCGGUGUGGAGUUUAUUGCACGAGGACGCAUAUGGUCACUCACAUUCUUCUCUUCUCCCUCCCCUUCACCCUCAUCCAGCUCACGUGGUGCAGGAAGUGGACCCUGGCAAGUCGCACUCGGCCUCAUGGAGCACAGCCCGCCUACAUUCGUAGAUGGAAGACUCGUCAUCGACGUGUUCCGUCCUCUAUCGUCCUCAAUACCAGACUUACUUUCCUCCGAGCCAUCUUCACCAGUCCACUCAAUAUACCCAUCUCUUGUUUCGACACCGGUACCUAACUCCCCUACUCAUCCUGUAAAGUCGCCUCUCGUGAUACCACUUCGAUCUACGAAUCGCCUGGCUCAUCGCACAUCGGAUGAGUCUGUGUUUAGUGUGUUGGAACUUGGGCGGGGUAAUGGUCCUAGACCUCCGCAAUCAGCUACGUGGUCCGAGGAAAGCACACACUAUACGAAUGCGCUGAUUGGGGUGUUGAGCGAUGAUCUUGGGUGGGAGUGA